AGUAAGUGUGACUAGUAAACUAGUUUAAACCAUGAAGGUCAUGAACACUUUCAAGCAUGUUAAUGAGUCUAAUGAAAGAUUAGGCCAGUGGAUGUAUUUGUGUAUUUUGUAGUUUAAAAAGAAAUGGAGAGUUGGAGAACCUUACUGAUAGAUUGAAGAAAGAUUUGUUUGACUGUCUACAGUAUGUCUUGAUUUGAUGUAAUUAAACUGAAGGGUUAAAGAAGGAAACCAAUGUGUGCAAAAUGCACUGUGGUUUAUGAAAAACAAAGAUAUUUGAAAUGAUGCAUUCAUUUUCUUUAACUUUGACCUUUUUAUAAAUAUUAACUUGGAAACAGGGAGAGCAAGUCUGUAAAAGAAAUAUCAACUUUUGGAAGCUAUGUCUUGAAUAAAGCACAUAACCCAUACUCACAUGCACAUGCUGUGCAAUUUUCCCCCAUUGCUGCUCUCGGAUUUACUCCAUGGGAAAAGAAAUCUAUUGCUAUUUUGGGUUUUCCACGUCACCCUUUUCAACUUGGCCACGAAAUUCCACCCGCCCAGUAAGUGUAACCAUUGAAGCAUUUAAGAGAUUUACAGACACGUGCAUGCAGCUGCAAUAUUUUUGUAUUUUGUACUGUUUACAAAGUGACGUCAUAGAGUGAGUAUUUUAAAUCUACAGGUGACAUUGCGCUCGAGAAACUCAUUUGGCCAAGUAAACUCGUUUUGGCGUCAAGUUUGACAAAUAAAUAGUUACGGUGUGUUUACAUCUUUCUAGACACUGGCUUAAUUAGGUGCGCGUUCUCGUAUUCAUUAUAGGCUAAUUAUGUAUAUUCAUAGACAGCCCGCGGAGGGCGGAAAGGAAGAAGGGAGGGCGUCGCUGUUUAAAAUGCUGUGAAUGUGACAGCCAGUCGUCCAGACCGCCAGCCUCAGCUCGGAGAGGGAAUGAAGAGACACCUCCGCGGGGAAAAUGCGCGCGGCGGCAGUAGCAGCGAAGUGACGCGUUACGCGCCGCUCCACAAGUGCUCGAACCCGAUCGCCCUUUUGAGGGGACAAACAUGACCGUGGUGCCCGGGGAGAACGUCGACGAGACCGUGGCGUUGACAGCCCUAUCCCAAGAUGUUUACGACCCCGAGCGCGCGGGUCAGGAGUGCUGCGAGCGGGUGGUUAUCAACAUCUCCGGGCUGCGCUUUGAGACGCAGCUGAAAACCCUGGCGCAGUUCCCGUCCACCUUACUGGGGGACCCCAGGAAACGAAUGCGCUUCUUCGAUCCUCUGAGGAACGAGUAUUUCUUCGACAGAAACCGACCCAGCUUUGAUGCCAUCCUUUACUACUAUCAGUCUGGUGGAAGGUUACGGAGACCCGUCAAUGUGCCCGUGGACAUCUUCUUGGAGGAGAUUAAAUUCUACGAGUUGGGAGAGGAGGUCAUUGAGAAUUUUAAGGAGGACGAGGGGUUCAUCAAGGAGGAAGAGCGACCUUUGCCGGAAAACGAGUUCCAGCGUCAGGUCUGGCUUUUGUUCGAGUACCCAGAGAGUUCUGGACCCGCGAGGGGGAUUGCGAUAGUCUCGGUGCUCGUCAUUUUAAUCUCCAUCGUCAUCUUUUGCUUGGAGACUUUACCAGAGUUUAGGGAUGAGGGGAAAAUGCACGAGGAGCAGCUCUCCAUCAACGGAACCGUGAGUUCAAAGAAGCCAAAUCCCUUCACGGACCCGUUUUUUAUCGUGGAGACCCUCUGCAUCAUUUGGUUCUCAUUUGAGUUGCUGGUGCGGUUCCUUGCGUGCCCGAGCAAGCCCGCCUUUUUCAAGAACAUUAUGAACACCAUCGACAUCGUGGCGAUCAUACCCUACUUCAUAACCCUGGGUCUGGAGCUGGCAGAGCACCAGGGCAACGGGCAGCAGGCCAUGUCACUGGCCAUCCUGAGGGUCAUUCGCCUGGUGCGGGUGUUCCGCAUCUUUAAGCUCUCCAGACACUCCAAGGGUCUCCAGAUCCUGGGGAAGACCCUGCAAGCGAGCAUGCGGGAAUUAGGGCUGCUGAUUUUCUUUCUCUUCAUCGGCGUCAUACUCUUCUCCAGCGCCGUGUAUUUCGCCGAGACGGACGACCCCGACUCGGGGUUCAGCAGCAUCCCCGACGCCUUCUGGUGGGCGGUGGUUUCCAUGACAACCGUGGGCUACGGAGACAUGUGCCCGGUCACCAUCGGGGGCAAGAUCGUGGGCUCUUUAUGCGCCAUCGCCGGCGUGCUCACCAUCGCGCUCCCGGUGCCCGUCAUAGUGUCCAACUUCAAUUACUUUUACCACAGAGAGACCGAGCACGAGGAGCAGUUACAGUACACGCACGUGACGUGCGGUCAGCAACAGCAGCCUUCGUAUGGCGAGUUUCAAAGGAGCGACAGCAAACAGUCCAUGUCCAAAUCGGAGUACCUGGGCUCGGAGGACGGAGAUUCGGUCAAGUACACCAACUGCAGCCCCAAUAAAGCAUGCACGGGAAAACUCACCGAUGUGUGAACGCGGACACUUACGCGCCCAAAUAACGCAUCUUUCUACGUGCGCGCAUCCUUAUCAUUGCUCGGCACGGGCAGAUGUCUGUGAGGAACACAGCUUCAUCUGAAAAACAUAACUGUGCGAUUAUUUUUAACUGUGCGAUUAUUUUCUUAACUGUCUUCCGUUGUUGUGAUCGUCGAAGCGCGUGGCGUAGAGUAGGACGCAGUAGCUGUAUAGCCGCACAAAAGUAUAGAGAACGUAAAUGAUUAUAUUUAUUAGAUGCAAGCCAAAUGAAAUCAAGCUGAAGCACUUUGCUCGUGUACUCCUUCGUUAAGUUUUACGCAAUUUCGGUAAUGAAGUUUACCUACAAUACGCUUUUUUUUGAGAGACCAAUAUCGAUAUUUUAAUUUUUAGGACAGUUGAAAUGCAAGCUAAUUAGAAAAUAAAUAAAUGAAUAAAAAUCCCCCCACACUUGUUCCAGCUAAUUCCUGUUUUUAUUGGGCGUAACAGGUGUAGCCUAACAUUUACAUUUGAGAUGCGCAUAUCU